CGUCCUGCGCAAAGAGGGACGAAUGGUAGCCCUAGUUCCGUUUCAUAACCGGAUAAGAGACGAGUCCGUUAUCAGCUCCUGUGUCCGCAGCCCGGAAAUGUAAAUAUUUGACAAGGAGAAAAGUAAUCUUAUCCAAACGCUUUCUAACCACCUCCUUGUAAAUCUACUAAAGUUGUAUGUACCCUUUACUCUGAAUCACGGUUUCACAUUUUUAACAAGAUCGAAGUAAAGAAGCGAUUUGCCCGUUAUUAUCCUGUUAAACUUUCGCUUUGUCUUUCACUGUACCGAGUCUAACCGGAAAUUUCCGUACAGCUGACGGAAUGGGGAAAUCCGUUACUGUACAACGGAACGGAAGGCUCAUAGCUGCAUAAUGACAGUUAAAUGAAUAUGUGAAAGGUUAGUUAAUACAGCUGCGCCUAUUUCUUAUUAUCUGAGGGAACGUCAGUAACUUGGUUUUCCGACGUGAUCAUAAGAAGCUCUUGAAGGGUUGAAGGUACGGAAGUUAAGCGGAUCGGGUUUCUUUCGGUUCAGCUCAGUGACAGGACAACAACUGUGGAAUAAGCAGCUGGCUGAAUGUACGCAUACAUACGGAAGACUGUACGGUGGACUUAGUUGUUAGCCCCUUAUUUUUAACUAAAAACACAAGUAUAUCAGCCCUUACAAUGUUAGUAUUGUACUUAAUGUCUAUAAAUCGUUGUGUUAGAUUCAUAAUCUGUUGAUCCCUAAAAAAAUCAAAGCGAAGGAGGAAAAUAAUGAGGACAAAGGCCCCACAUUAGGGACACUGUAUUUUGAGUGGUAUUAUUCACGUUUUAUUAUUGGUAGUAUUCAGUUAGUAAAAACAUGAAAUACAAUAAUUUGCAUUAACGAUCGUUUUAUGAAGAAUGCAAAAAUUAUUUAAUGUAAUAGCUAGUGUUUAAUGAUUUUGACCUUUACUAUUUUGUUACAAAAUCAUACAUUUUAUGAGUAGCAGAGCAGUGUUUUCAGGCCAAAAUCAGGAGCAUCCGUAGGAAUCAGGGACACCCGACAGCCUUGUGCUGGACUAUAUAGUGCCUUAUCACAUCCUGCCAAAAAAAGAACAUCCAGUCAUAUCUAUAAUACUGACCCCCGUUACUUUUUUUUGUCCCCAUGCCUGCAAGCCAUUAUGCUUUAGACACCGCGUAUUCUUUCCACGGUACUAAGCAAUAACACCUGUACAGAGUAGAGCGCAAGAGCCACCUGGAAUGGCCAUAGUACAAGCAGCCACGAGAGUUGCUUGUGCUGUCACUGGUAUCCUGGCAGUGGAGGAGUUUUGUAUUGCUUCCCCAUCUCAGGUGGGGAAAACUAAUCGAGUCACUGCAGGGACCUACAGUGCCCUCUCCCUGCAAGUGCAUACUCGAGUAUACUCUUGAAUGAAGACUACCAUCAAGAAAGUUAUCCUGGUUUAGCUUAAACCUCACACCUGGAACUGGAUAUCAUAAAGCUCAACUUUCAUAAAAUGAUUGGCCUGUGUGAUACCUGGUCAUCCUCACUGCCCCAUCCCCACCCCUCCUGGGCUGUGCCUAAAUUAAAAAAAUAAAAUUCUGUGAAAUGCUCAAGCCAAUAAAUUGAAGCCUCUAAAGAAAAAAAAAAGGAAAGAUCUGUCUGAUGAAGUCUCCAUGUAUUAGAUAGAUAAAAACACUUAUAAUUAAAUUGUGUUGAAAGAUAUUUAUUUAUAGCCUUCAUUUCCACAUUGUAAAGAUUUUUCUUUCUUUUUUUUGGUAAAUUUAAAAACAUACUAACAAGGAUCCAGAAUGUUAUGUUAAGCAGAAGUACAUCUUUACAGAGACCAUUUACUCAGUAAUCUUGCUUAAGAAGAUGUGGGCUCCAUGAUGAAGAGAGAAGGAAUAUUGCCUACAUCAGUGAAUAUACUUAGCAAUAGUAACUACUUGCUGCAUACCUCUGACAAUCAAAAGCUUUGGAACUAUAUAAUGGAACUGCAUGGAAAGAAGAAGCUUCAUGCUCUUUCCCUUGCUGAGAAGAUACAAGUGUUAGAGAUACUAGAUGAGUCUAAGAUGUCACAGUCUGAGAUUGCUAGGCGCUUCCAAGUUUCUCAGCCUCAGAUCUCAAGGAUUUGCAAAAACAAAGAAAAACUUCUGGCUGAAUGGUGCAGUGGGACAGCAAAUAAGGAGAGAAAACGGAGAAGAGAGUCCAAAUACAGCAGCAUAGAUGAAGCUCUUUUGUGUUGGUUUCAUAUUGCACGGACUAAAACAUGGGAUAUUACUGGACCCAUGCUGCUUCAGAAAGCAAAAGAGCUAGCAGAAGUAAUGGGUCAGGAAUUUGUUCCUAGUAUUGGGUGGCUGGUCAGGUGGAAACGUAGAAACAAUGUUUGUUUUGGUCAAAGGCAUAACCCACAGACUGCUUACUUAAAUGAACUGUCACCAGAUGACUGGAUUGCUGAAACCUUGCCUGAAGUGUUAAAGUCUUACUCACCUGAAAAUAUCUUUGGCUGUGAUGAAACCACAUUGCUAUUUAGAAUGAUUCCAGAAAUUCAGAACAGUUCUUCAAGAAAACUGAAGGAAUGCAUUUCCAUUCUUUUAUGUGUUAAUUCUUGUGGUACAGAAAAAGUAAAACCUUUGGUUGUUAGCAAAUACGUUGCACCUCAUUGUUUCUAUGGAGUAAACAUUAAGACUUUGCCAGCACUUUAUAGAGGCAGUACAAAUGGCUGGAUAACGUCUUCCUCCUUUUCUGAGUGGCUGCUGGAAUUUGAUCAAGAAAUGGGAAGACAAAAUCGUAGUGUAUUGCUAAUUUUAAAUAACGAUGCUGUUCAUGAAGACAUUGAAAUGAAUAAUGUGAAGUUGUUCUUUCUACCUCCUCAGAUAUUGUCCUCUGUGUCCCUACUAAACACAAAGAUUAUUCAGGAUUUCAAAUGCAAUUACUCACACCGGCUUCUUGGCAAAAUGCGUGCUAUAAAGUGUGAGACAGAUAAGUCUUUUAGUAAAAUAGCAAAUAGUAUUACAAUACUAGAUGCUGUUCAUAUGAUUGCUGCUGCUUGGGAAAAAGUAUCAUCUUCAUUAAUUGAAAAUUGCUUUAUUGAGUCUGGAUUUCACAAACAAACAAAGGAACUGAUAUCCCAACAUAACAGCAAAGCACCAGAGAAAAGAAAUGCUCUCGAACUCAGCACAUUUGUUGAUUUUGAAAAGAAUGUCCUUUUGGAUCUUCAAAUGCAUGCAAGAAAUAUGGAGACCUGUGUAUAUAAGGAAGAGGACAGUGAUGAAAGUGAUGGUGAGGAUCUUAUAGAUAGUCUUCCUACUAAGGCUGAUGCUUUAAAGGCUCUUGCCACUCUACGGCGAUGGUUUGAGUGUAAUGGCUGUCCAACAGACAUUUUCAAGAAGUUUUAUAGCUGUGAAGAAGAAGUUGAAAGGCUGUGCUCACAGUGAGGACAAUAGCUUUAACUGUGUUUUUCUGUCUAAGUUAAAAGUGCAGCUUUAAUACAAAAUGCAGCAAGAAAAACUGUGCAAGAGUGACUAGAAUGGUUUUGUUGCUUUCUUGAGAAGUAUUAUCAAGAAAGCUGUUCUUUUAUAAGAUUUCCUGUGGAAAUGUGUUCUUUGUGAAACCUUUCAAAUAAUAUUAACACACUGUCUUGAAUCAUGUUUUCAAAACUUUUAGGUAUAAAGGAAUAUAUAGUUUGUUUCUUCUUUUGAUCCAGUUUAUCUUAGCUUUUACAAUCACUUUGGAUUUUGCCACCUAGAUUUGAUGUUGGACUUUUUAUCUUAAGUUUAGCUACAUUAUCCUUCCUCCUAAUGUAGGAAGCCAUUCUUGGUAGUGACACAUUGCAUGUUACUGUUUCCAACAGUUCAUGCUGGAUGAACAUCUGCAAACUAGGUAAUGAUUAGCCCAUCUAAAAUUGCACCACUGAAGACAGGCAACAUGUCAAGGCCUUGUGCUACAUUGGUCAUAGAAAUAUUUAUGUUGUAUUAUUUAGAAAUUGAUGGCAAGGGAUUGCUAUUUGUGCAGAAUGGUUGUGGUCUCUUGCAUUAAUGAAGUCUGUGACAGUGCACAUUAUGAAGAGAAAUGCCACCGUACCAUCUUAUAAAUUGUACUGUGCUGACUCCAAACUUGUUUAACAAAAAAUGUGCAGUUUGAAUUUAUUUAUUCUUUGUAAACACCUAUAAACCACCUGUUGGACCUGA